UUUGGCCUGAAUGUCCGUGACGUCACGAUAACUAGUGGAAAAAGUGAAGAUGGCUGCCUUGGAUGACAGCCUUACAAAUUUUGAAGGACAAAAAUGGUCCUUAUGGGCCGAAAGGCUCGGCAUGAAUAGCCCCACAAGUGACUCAGAAGAUGAGGAAAAUACAAAAUCUAGGCGAGAAUCGACGACAACUCGUCUUAAAAAAGAAGAAAUGUCCAUAUAUGGAUAUUGUCCACGCUGGGAAGACUUUUACCUGGUGGUGUGUAACAUGUGUGGACAUGCUAUAAAACCACAGGCACUCAAGCAACAUAUAGAGCUCCGGCAUGGAGGAGUGGCCACUCCUGUCAAGUCCUCUGGAGGAGCUCGAGCAUCUGUGUCAUCAAGCAGCAAAACUCCCAAGACCAGAAAUCGAACUCAUAAUAUUAAUCCUGUUGUAAAACUUGAAGGACGAAUUGACAGCAGAGACUCAUUAGAGGGAAACCACACCUCUCAUGUUGUUAGUGAGCCUGGCACUAACAGCAGCAGUAACAGUAUAAGCAGCACCAGCAUCAGCAGCAGUAGUCGAGUUGGGGGACUGCCAGGAUCCCCAAGAUGUGAGAUGUUACCAUCUCCUGGUAGUUUGUCGGUGUCUUCUUUGAAGACCGAGGUGAAGACAGAAGAUUGUUUAGACAGUUGCUUAGAUUUGGUGCCUCCACCACAAUCUUUGCCAACAACCUUGCCACCUCCAGCCCCACCUGAGCCUCCGCAGCACACAAUACCACACCCUCCAACACAUUCAGGGCCUCCGCCCACCAUUGGACCUCCUAGCAUAGGUCCUCCAAGUGCUGGACCUCCAAGUGUUGGACCUCCAAGCAUUGGCCCACCAAGUGUAGGACCUCCAAGUGUAGGGCCACCCAUUGUAUCUUGCCCAAGUGUAACUCAUCAGGGGAUGGUGACCCUCAGUGCACCUCCAGCUAGCAUGGCUGGAACUUCUGUUGUUGGAGUUUCUAUGCUAACCCAGACUGUGUCCAGUGUGGAAGAGGAGGUCAACAAAAUAUCAGCAAUGCUCCAGGCAGAAGCAGAAGCUCUUACUGCCUCUCAAAAUCUUAUAGCAAGUUCCAGUAUGGAUAUGGAUGCAGGACUGGUUGGAUCUCACGACAUAGUGGAGGCACAAGGUCAGGCUGCUGGCAGUGUGACCACCAAUGGCACUAAUCUUGGGGGCAGGCAAGGGAUGAUGGUAAACAGUCAGACCAUGGGCUCUGUGCCAGUGCCAAUGAGUCACAUGUCCAUAGCUACACUGAACCAGAUUCAAGCAGACUUGUUGGCCACGGUGAGUGAGUCAGACCUCAAUGCCGUGCUCAACGCCACGCCUGAAACUUCGGACCUAACACAGACAGUUCUUCCCAAUAAUUCUCAGUGCUACUUGAAUGAGAGUGGUAACUUGACGUAUAUUGACCAACAAACUGUAAAUACUAAUAAUUACGUUGAAACUACUGAACCCCCAGAAUUAAGUAUUGAGAAGGUGUUACCUCAGCGGUACAAUAGUGAACAGUUAUCAAUGCCCGUUCUAGAGCAGAUUACAAAUGAGGUUUUGUCUGAAGCUGAUGCUUGUGCACACAAUCUUGAGGGAGUGACAGCUGAUGUACAGGGGCAAUACACAAACAGUACUCAGUCUGAUCUAAUUGAAGUACCUGUUGAAUCAUUUAGUUUUGAUGAAAUAGAAAAAAUAUCAUCUCAAUGUGAUGAAUUAACAAAUGCAGUGAAUUCGAUAACUCAGUUAUGUCAUGGUGGGAACACUGGACUGGAGUCACAGCUGGCAGGUCUGUUGCAACAGCCAACACCCACCCCAACACCGUCCCCCUCCUUAGGUGCACCGCCAGCCCCUACUGGCAACUCCAUCAGUGCUGCGCCCACCUUAGGAACCUCAAGUCAAGGCAUCACAGUGGUCAUAGGAGGUGGGGCACAGCCAACUAUUAGUACUAUUGCAUCUCAGCCCUCACUCUCCAUGCCUACUUUAGCUGCCACAUUAAAGAAACCAGUGGUAUCAACAGGAGGGCCUCAGCUGGUGUCUCCGGUAUCUGCUACGUCAACUCAGGCACAUACCCCGUCUCAUACGCCUACUCAUACCCCUGCUCACACUCCAACACAUACACCAACCCAACACACUUCUUCUGGGUCCUCUGCUCUAACUCCUGCCCCUCCCACGCCAUCACCUAAGAAAUCUAGCAAAAAGAAAAAACCUGGUGAAAGAAAACUCUUACCUCUCAAAGAUAGAGAAUACGACCCUGAGGUUCACUGUGGCGUAUUGGUGGCAGAGACUGCCAAGCCCUGCACACGUUCCCUCACCUGCAAAGCACAUUCUCUUUCUCUGCGACGGGCUGUCCCAGGACGAUCUAAAAAAUUUGAUGAUCUCCUCUUAGAGCACCGAGCAGCUAAGGAAGCUCAAACCAGAGCUGCAAAGCCACCAGAUGCAGCUGCAGGCCUCAUACAGGGCACCCCACCCCGUGGCCCGGUCAUGGCCACCACUGGCAGCGGAGGGAUGGUGGUAGGGGGGGCUGCAGCAACAUCCCCACUCCUGGUUAAAUCUUUGGGGGGCACCGCGUCCACAUUAGUGACUCCGGGUGACCCUUCUCCCAACCCACCCCUACAUCAUCCAAUGGAUCCCCCCAGCACCCCGUCGCACACCCAUGCCACGCCCCCCUCUCCUGCAUAUUGGCCGCCUACUUCUAGGAUUCCUCCGGCCCUCGUACCUGCAGAUAAUUUUUAUGUUCGAGAGCCGCCCAAGCCUCUUGCUACGUGUUCGUACAACUGUAGAAGACUAGGUGGUUACUUGGCCUCGGAUCAUCGGGCGGAUUUAUUACGUAGUGCAUUCCGUAAUGCUCUGAAGAAGCCCCAUCCAGGCUCAGUACUCACUGACUCUAGCAUCAGCAAUACUUUAAAUAUUGGUGGUACUCAAGAGAGAUUUGUGAAUGUCAAACCCCUGCUAGCUAAAAAGUUGCAGCUGACUGUCCCCUCAGGGUCUGGCAGCAAGGACGGCAUAAGUGUGAGCACAGGGUACAAUGGCCACAUCCAUGUUGGCAACAGCAUGGGUAUUGUGAAUAGCAGUGCAAUGGCAGCAACACUUAAACGACCCACUCAAUCUGAAACCUUGAAAAAUAAUGCGACUCCCAUUACUAGUGCCAAAAAUAAAAAUAAAAAAGUGAAAACAACUGACGGUGCUAUCAAUAUUGUGGGAAAUGUAUUGCAACUUGACGCCAGUGGGAACAAGAACCACAUUCCUGUUGUUGUCAGUUUGCAAAAUGGCUUGUCGAACAAUCAGACUAUAACCUUAAGUAAUGUAGCAAUUGCAGGAGUGAGAAACUCAACUACUCAGCCUAUUCGAAUAAACCCAUCCACGCCCACCAAUUUUGGGAGAGACGCACCAGUGACGGACACACGGCCAGGGAGCAGUGAUAACCCGAACAUUUUUCUUGGGUCUGGCUUACCGAGUGGAAUAGUGAUAUCUGACGCUUUAGCUAAAUCGUUCAAAAGUGAUGGUUCUGGGAGUAUUCGAUUAGAACUUCACAGCAGUACUUUCGGGGAUGCAUCAAGAUUGGUCACAAAUAAUGCCAAAGUAAGUGGCAGUGGAGUUACAAAUACAGUGGGUUCAGGCAGUGUUGGUGGUGGGAGCAGCAAUACUGUUGGUAGUGGUGUGACAAGUGGCAGCGCUGCCGGCCUAGCCCCUGGCCAGGUUACGUAUCUUACCUCAGCUGUUACUGGUAGCGGGGGAGCAACUGGCCUCACUCUCCAUCACGUACAACAAGUACUAAAUCGACUACAGGUGCAGGGUAAAGGUGGAGGAGGGUCAGUUGGUGGUGGAGGAGGGGGCCUUUCUCUUAAAUUGCUUGGGUCUGGCCAGGCAGGAGUAGCAGGUGCAAGAUCCACCUUUGUUCUGCAACAAGAGAAAGAGCCCUCCUGACCUCCUGGGGCAGGGGGUCAACCCUCUUCAGCCCUGCCCAUAAACCUCUCACCAGGGGGAACAGAAGGGUUCCAGGGGGGACCAACGCAACCCUCGCCCUUGCCUCAGGUGGCAACUGUUGCCGUACCCUUCUGGAGCAAUAGGCCCGUGUGCCACAACAAUAACAACAACAACAACUAUGUAAAAGUACGUCCAGCUGGUGUCUGGCCUCCCACCAGUGGUGGAACAGUGCGAGUGACCCAGGUAGAACCUUCGGCCAAGUCCAGCAUAGCCAUGGCCACCAGUGGAGCCAAUGUGACAAUGACUGGGGUGACAGACAUCGGGGAGAUGAUACCCCCAGUGGCCACAUCCAAUGCUCAGGUUCUGGUGCCCAAUGAUACCCCACUCAUAACCCAAGAUGGACCAUUGUACAACAGUGGCACAAAGAGCCCAUCUCUAUUAUGUGUAGUUCUUGAUGACUGAGGGGCCAUGUAUUUUGGUUGUUCUGUAAUAUUAAUUACAUAAUUUGUUAUAGGUAGACAAGUGUUGCUCCAGCGUGCAGUGAUAUUGUGAGACAAUAUCUGUUCUUGUGUGAUAUGUAGCUCUUCACUAGUGUGCGCUAGUGAACCAUGACAAAAACAGAGACGAACAGAGGCAAUAGUGCAGUUACAUAGCAGGCCCUCCUAUACGCUUAAAUUUCGUCUCUUGUGUGAUACAAGUGCAUGCUGAAGAGACUUUUUUUUUUUUGUAUUUAUCUGUGAUGUUUUGUACUCUGGUGAGCUCUGCCAACCAGACAGGGAGUGGGGGGACACCUGGCUGGGCAAGAGCCCGGCUUGACCGUGCAGCUCAUGUGUUGGUGCUCGGCCCGACACUCAUACAUGGUUCACACUUGGAAAUUUUUGAUGUUUUCAAGUACUUGGUGGUUCUUUUUACCACAGAAUGUAAUAUAAUAUUCUAGUCUUGUUUGUUAAUACUUGUUUUCUCUCUCUUUGUAUUGGUGUUUUCCCUUUUAUUUUUCUUUCAUACACACUGCCAUCCUCGCCAUCCAAUCUUUCCUAGGAAAUGCCUGUUAAAAAUGUUGAUGGUGGUCUGCACACAAACAUUCCCCUUAUAGGUGGUGCUGCACCACUUAUGUCACCCCUUUUUUUACAUGUUCAUCAUAGACACUUAAGAUUAUUCUCAGUACUUAUUACCAUUAUGGUUUCUUACAACAAUCAUGGCUGAUUCUUAAACAGUUGUCACAUUUCUCUACCCCUCAUAACAAUUCGUGCAAUGUCAUUUCUUCUUGUGCAUGUUAUGGUAAUACAUUUUUCUCUUCUCUUUCUUGCAACUCUCAGAAAGCUGCAUUGUAGCAAACAAUUUCAAGCAUAUAUAUUUUUUAAUAGUUUGUGCUCUCUUCAUCUCUGUUGAAAGCAAACAACUCCCCGAAAGAUCACUAACAUAAUGUUGAGAUUAGCUUGCUACAGCGCAAUAUGUAAAUCAAAUGAAUCAGAAAGGGUUCUGUCUUAUAGAUUGUUUAUGAAUACCAUUGUUGCACAUGUAGUAGAGGUGUGAGUAGCUAUCAUAGAGACAGAUGUAAUCAUUCCACGACAAUGGUACAUAAAUUGAGACAUUCAGCUGGUGCAAUGUGGGGCUGCAGGUAAACAGUGUAGUGAGAUUUGAGCAGGUCUGUGGGAAGAUGGUUUCCUAAAACAAAGGUGAAAAAUUUAUGUCUCACAACUGUCGAUGACAAAGUGGGUCUUUGGAAAGAGGUGCUAAAGUAUCAGCUUAUCCAUUCCACACAUCUAUAGAUUGUGUACUUCUUGCUUAGAUGAGAUGAAUAUCCAGAUCAUAAUUAAUAAAUAUGAAGUGAACAGCAAAUACAGAGUACUAUCUUAUUACAGUAUUAUCAUCUGUUCAUCACCCACCGACCUGCAGAAUAUAGGGAGCUUCCAAACCUGUGUUUUACCCCGUUUUAAUAUAUUUUAACUUUGUUGUUAUUUUUCUGAUAAUUUUAAUAUCAUUUUAUUAUUGUCAGUACAGUACUAAAGUUAUCAAAACCAUUUUUAUCAAUACUAUAUAGAUUUAUGCUUUCUUCAUCUGACUCUUAACACUUUCAUAAUGUUGGCUCAGGGACCAAAAUAUAUGACAAUUGUUUGCUGGACCGCCACCCUUUCAACAUUUUACUUAUUUUCUUCUUACUUAAAUUUUACUUCUAUUCAUAGAACUGUUUGCUUGAUGUCAUCAAACUAACAACCACAGUGAGUACAUAAAAGAUAUUAAAACAUCAAUAUUUAUUACAGUACAGUAUCUUGGGUACAGAAGCAUUUCUACAUACUGCAUAUAAAUUUGUUGGAAACCAGAUAGUGUAGCCAGUCAGAUAUAUGAUAUAGCAUUUUGUGGUGAACUUAGAGUACCUGCUCGUUAGGUCUUGAAGGUGUUUGGUUUUCAAACGAGGGUAAGUUAGGCAGUUUGGAAUUAUGUAGUGGUUUUGCAGAUAUUUAUUUUUUAUUAAUAAACAACAUUUUUAAGAUGCUGAUAAUGUUGUAGUGGUUGUAGUUGGAAGCUUCAUUUUGCAUAUAAAGCACAAUAGGAAAUUUUCCAUUUUUAGUUAAUUUGGCAAUUAAAAUGAUACAUUUACCUUAAAUAUUGCAUAUAUUGUGCACUGUGUGUUCUGUGUCCAUAGUAUACCUAAAAUACCUUUCAUAAAGGUACAAUGAAAGUAAUAAUUAGGAUUUAUAAGGAAGAUUAAAGUUAAUAGACAGUGAAAGUUUUGGUUGUGUUUAAGGCAGUGAAAGAUGUGUUGUUGUGCUUUUAUGUCUACUAGAAUCUCAGUGUAGAGGACCAAGGUGAUGAUGUCUGCUGCACUUCAAGUUGGCCUGUGUGUUUUCUGAGGAAUCCAAACUUUCUACUUCUCAUAAUAUUUUUAUUAUGGUAAUGAAGAAGCUACCUGACAUCCUCGUUACUAGCGUAGGGUUAGUAAGCUGAGAGGUUUUAUUUUUAUUGGCUGAUUUGAGGAAGGCCAAAGAUUCAUUAUGUGUUUCUGUGUUGUUUACUCCAUAUCAUGUGCUGGUCAAUAAUUAAUAUCUUGUCCUGGUCAAUAAUUAAUAUCUUGUCCUGGUCGAUAAUUAAUAUAACGAAGAUAAUUUAUGAAUCAUAAUAUUUAUUUGAAUCUCAUUGAUCCAUGGCAUUUUACUACUACAGUUUUUUGACAAUCAUUAGAGUGUUUAUCAUUAGCAGUGUCAUGACCCCUUGACCUUUUCUGUAUUUUAUUAAACCUGAUGAUAGAUUUCAUCAGAACUGGCAAUUCAAUUUUAACCUUUUAAGAUACUCUGUGUUUGAAAUUUAAAAAUUAUAAAUAUAUUGACUGCCAUUUUUUAUUUGACAUAAGGAAAUAAGUUGGUUUUAUAAUGGUGCUAAUUAUGAAUUCACUGAACCAUGUUUUGCCAUUAAUAAAGAUGAAUGAUUUUAUAAUGUUACCCUUGAUUUGAUAAUUUGAUAAAAGAAAUAUACUUGAUCAGAGAUUACUUAAAAAAAGAAUUAUAAAUAUAUUAUACAGCCAGUUUUUAAUUUAUUUAGAAUAUUUAGAAUUUGACAUUGUGCUUACUGCCCCUAUGCAUUAGUGUUUCACAAGACAAUAUCAGUUUGUUUUGUACAGAUGUUAGCAACUAUUUUGAGUUUUCACAUUCACUUGAUAUCAUGUUGGUGGCUGCCACUUAGUUUCAUCAUGUUUUCAAACACAUUUGAGUUAUGCUACUAAGUAUUCUGGAAAGAUUUUUUGAAGUGUAAAGCAAUGCAGACUUGCUAGGUUUAGGCUUCUUGUAGUAUUAUGUGAUGGUCUCUUUUUGAUGCUUCACUCACACUCAUGAACAACAACAACAUAGUCAUUAAUCAUUAUCAAAAUUGUUGAUAUGUAUACUCUCAACUUGUAAUUUUUACUUUCAUAUCCACAAUGAAUAAGAUUAUAGACAAGGUACAAAUGUGACAUUAUAGACAACUUUGAACUCCUAUUGUUGGUACUUGAAUAAGGUGCGAUAUCUGAAUGUUGAUUGUAAAGUACUGUAAACUACUUUUAAGUACCCUCUUGGUGCUCAGAGUUGCCAGUCGUGUUACACUCCCAGUAUUAUCUACCACUUGUUCUGAACUCUGUCACUUCCAUCUCUUGAUCAUAAUAUAUCUCCCAUCAUUGUAGUUAUUUUUUGUAAUACAAAGCAUUUUUCUUCUGUCUCUGCCAGAAUUUAAAAUAUUACCUCUUGCUCUAGAGCUCUUCUGUCUCAUUCAACCUAAAGUUGUAAAGUUACUGCUUACUUCAUCUUUCAGCACCUUCUCUUCUCUUGUUAUUCUUUUAUCCCACCUUUUACUUUUUUCUUCCACUCCUCAUCUUUGUAUAUCUCACACUCAUAUGCUUAUUUCUGUAUCACCACCCCACAUCCCUCAUCUUAAUUCCCUCCCAUUCCUUUGGCAUUUUAUUGCCUCUUCUUUUCUUCCAAAACCUUCAACCACAUCAUCUUCAUAUCUUUUAGCAAUCCCUCUCCAUAGUUGAAGUAUUCUUUGGUAUCUCUCUGAGACAUUAUUGGGUGAAUAUGAGUAAAUUUGAGCAAUGUAAAAAGAUUUUAAUCAAAAAGAAAUUUUCAACUAGAUAAAACAAAUCAUGUUUCCAGAUAACAAAUUGUACUUUUGGUGUAUGCAAUGAACAUAAUUGUUGAAAAAAUUCAUGAAAAUCACCUGGUCAGUUUUUUACCCAAGAUGGUAUGCAAUACAUUAAGACCAGAAAACCACUGUAGUGACUCAAAUUAUCUUAAAUCCUUGCAGCCAUUAUUUAUUACAUAUUAUUCAUCACUGGCACAAGGAAGGCUUAAUUGUAUCCAUUUUAGCAAGUCACCUGUCAGGACAUGCAAAGUAGCUGUGUAAUGUACCCCAGUAAUAUGAAUUUGAUUAAGGUUGUUUAACCGCUUUAUAAUGGCAAAAGAUAAAAAAAUAUUUUCAAAUUAAUAAAUUUUACUUGCAUUUUGUGCUCCUGUUACAGUGAAUAUUGUGUGGGCCAUUCAUUAUACUGUAUAAGCAUAGUAAUGUGUGAUGGGUCAGAAACAGUGGAACAAUAUUUUCCCCUUCCAGAGGGUUAUAUUAACUUUUUAGGAGCCAGCAGUCUUUUUUUUUUUUUUUUCUCCAGAUUAGUUAUAUGUAUGAUUAAUGAAAUAUUGUACAUAACGAUUAUGGGAGAGUCCAGCAAACAGUAUUGCCCACUAUUUAUACAUUUCCGUAUGUUUUCAUACCUGGUUAUGCAUUUAUGUUUGGUUUCUGUUACUUUGUGAUUACUGUAAAAGGAUCUCUUGAUUAUUUUCAAUAUUAUAAUUAUAAGUUGUGGUACACCAGUGUCUUGCCCAGGUUUGUUUAUUUAAUCACUAAGGGUCGAGGAGGAGUCAGGAUGGCAGUGAGAAACCAUACCGAGAGAUAUUUCUUACUUCCCUUGAUCUUUUGGGUCUUUCCUGGCUCAAAGAUAACAGGUAGACCAUCAAGUAAUUUAGGUUGUGUCAAAUUUGGCUUGAUAUUUUGGGUUGCAGCUCUGACAUAUUGGUAUCACUUUCCUCAGGUAUUAAUUUAUAUGUAGUAAUAGGAAUGUGAAUCUACAGUCACUUGUAAGCAUCUUUGUUUGUAUGCUCCUCUGCCCAGUGUAUAAUGCUAUUUUCUUGUAUGUUUAUUUAUACCUGUAGUUUAUGCCUAUUUUUCCAAAUAUAUAUAGUACAUGGUUCUUUAAGUCUCAUUCACAAAGAAAGUCCUUUGAAAGGAGUAACUGAAAAGUGAAGUGGCUGAGAAAGAUUUUUUAAGCUGGCUCCUACAUUUCUAAAAGAUUGUCCAGUUCAUUAUAAAUUUGUACACAGGCUUUUUAAAGAUAUGAAAAUAAUAUAUUUGAGUAAAAAAUGGUAAUAUAUUAAAACCAAAAUAUAAUAGAAUAUUAUAUAUGAUAAUGCUGUCAUUAAAUUGUUAUGUAUACGACAUACCACCCUUUCAAAAUCGAGUUCAAAUUACCCAUGUGUCUCCAUAUAGACUUACUGACCUAGCACAAGUUUCUUCUCAAUAGUUUUGCACAUGUAUUCUGAAAUAGCACUGAUGGUUAUUACUGAACUGCCAUUCAUAAGCUGAUGUUACAAUAGCCAUUGGAAGUUUGUAAUAUUAGUUACUUGGAAGUGUAUUUCAGAAUACAGACAUCUUGUAGGCCUUGCUUACUUUCCCCUAAUACUCCUCUCAUUUUCAUAACUUUUUCACCAUGGCAGUGUAUUUUCAUGUAAUUUUAAAGAAGGAGAAAUACUUAAUAUAUUUCUGACAAUGCAUCUAGACAUUUUUUGGAAUAAAAACUUUUAACAAUGUUGAAUUGUUGUAUUGAGACUUUAAAAAAUCAUAAAAAAAUUGUACAUUGCAGUUACUGCUAUUCACCAUCUGUGUUCACCAAAUGUGACGUGCUUAGCGAUUCUGAGCUUGAGAUAGCCAUGAUAUUAAGUUCAGUUGGUAUUUUAUAGACAGGAGAGCUGAACUGCAUCAUAGCCCUGUCCAAGGCUCACAAUGGCUGAUCCCGUGAUAAAAGUUCAAUCCCUGUUCCUUCAUUCAUAUCUAGUUCCAAAUGUCUUGCUGUACAGUAUAUGGUAAAGGACUACGACUGAAGUGAAGACCAUUUAUGAAUAAGGACUUGUAAUUUCUGGUAAUGGAGGCCAACAGAGGUGGACGUAUGACAAAUUCUUUAAGUAGUCUAUCAUCAUUAAGUAGCAAUCAGUGAUCAUAUUAUAAUUAUGCUUGUAAUGUACAAUUCAUGUUGUUGAGUAAUUUUGACAUGUAUCUACUACAAUCAUUGAUAAAAAAAAAAUUCCACAGUACGGUUGUUAGUUGUACUGUUUAAAUCCCUUAGUCUUUGGAAGCACUUUUUUUUUUUUCUUUUUUUCUGCUAAUCUGGACGUAAGUGACAGCAUCCAACGACUAAGGGAUUGUAUACCGUGUUGAUGUUUCAGGUAAUUUGGAGAGUCUUCAGGUAUUUCCUCACUGAUUACAUAUUUUGUGGGAUGUGUUUUUAAUAAUAACCCGCCUGAUGUUAGACCAAAAUAAAUCCCGAGUUGUCAGUACCUUUCUGUGAAAAGGAUUAAAAAUAUGCUGUGUAAGAAUGUAAAAAUAGAAAUAAUUGUAUUAAAUGCUCAGAAACCAAUCUCAUUAACAGUGUGUAUGGUUGUAAAUUAUUGUAAAUGAAUUAAAUAAUUUAUAAAUAAACUGAUUCUCAUUUC